AGAACGACGGUUGUCCGAAACUAAUUUCUGGUCCUUAUCACUUUAUCAACAAGGUAUAUUGCUCCGUAGAGAGAGCAACAGACAGACAGAAAAGAUGCUCCCAUUAAAGCUGGUCCGCUCUCUGGUUUUGGGUGAAACCGUUCACAACCCUUUCUCCCUAACCCAAACUCACCAUCACCAUCUUGACAGUGACCUUGAAAAUGAUGCUGACGAUACCAAUGUCCAUCACAAACACACUAGCAAACCCAAACACAAAGCCAAAACCAGAACCCCAUUACUGCUCUUCACCCCCACAAAAGAGGUAGUCACAGACACAUACAGACUAGCAACAUUGGCAAGAGAUAUUGGCAUGGACUUAUACCCAAACCCAUCUCUCUCUCACAUCAUCUUCUCAUGGCCAUCUUCAUCACCAUUACCGUCGUCCUCUUCUUCCUCAUCAUACCCUUCAUUGUCAUGGUCAUCAACAUCCCUAUCGUCAUAUUCUUCCUCAUCAUGGUCUUUGCCAAACGACGCCGUUCCCCUGUCGUUCCCUUCCCUCACCAUGGUUUCUCUAUCUCACCUUCGCCUUUUUGCCUCCCUCUCAAAAGGGUUCUUCAAAUUGGUUUUCUUGAACACUAGCCUCAAUCUAUUUGAUAGAAUUGGUCAUCAGACUAGUGGUAACUGGGAUUGUUGUUCACUUUCUUUGAUUUCGCGGCUAACCCGUGAUCGAAUUGACUCAAUGGAUGGCUUUUCUAAGGCUCUAGCCGGAAUGGGUUGGACCCUAUUCAAGACUAAGGACAACUCAUCAAGGGAUUCUGGUGGAAGAUCAGUUUGGAGCACCAAUGCAGUGUAUUUGUUUAGGAAGUUGGAUUCGAACCGGGUUCGUGCUAGGCAGCCGAAUGGUAACUGUGCGAGUUCUUCUGGGGGGUGUAGGAUUAGGGAAUUGAGGUUGCCCCCAUUGGAUUUUCGGAAUGCCCCUUUGAGAAUUUUGCAGUACAUCCUUCUAAUGACUGAUGAUAUGUUUUAUCUUGCCUAACUAGGU